AUCCUCUUUGAUUGUGAGAUUUCAGGUUUCUUGUAACAGUCGAAAAUUUGGUGCGGUCUGUGAUCGCCGAAGAAAUCGUUGAUGGCUUUAUAAUUCUGACGAUUUCUCAUAAUAGGUUCAAUACAACUGUUAUUUAUUAAAAAUUCAUUCAUCAACAUUAAAUUGACAAUAUUUAAUUAUGACUAGGGCAAAAAUUGAGUUGGGGGACGUAACACCGCACAAUAUAAAGCAAUUGAAGCUUCUCAAUCAAGUUGUGUUCCCAGUUUCCUACAAUGAGAAAUUUUACAAAGAUGUUUUAGAAGCUGGGGAGCUAGCCAAGCUGGCCUAUUACAAUGACAUUGUGGUUGGUGCUGUUUGCUGUCGUGUAGACACUUCUGAGAAUGCACGCCGAUUAUACAUAAUGACUCUAGGCUGUUUGUCCCCCUACAGAAGACUUGGUAUCGGCACUGUGAUGGUUCAACACGUAUUAAAUUAUGUUAAAAAAGACGAAAACUUCGAUUCCAUAUUUUUACACGUUCAAGUCAACAAUGAGGGAGCUAUUGACUUUUAUAAAAAGUUCGGCUUCGAAAUUGUAGCAACGAAGCAACAAUAUUACAAGAGAAUUGAACCUGCAGACGCACAUGUACUACAAAAAACAGUGCAUCCACAAUCAGAUACAAACCGACAAACAUCCAGUCAGUAAAUGAAUGAAAUUACAUGCUAGCAUUUCUCUCUCUUCCUUCAUUAUUUUUUAAUUCAAUUCCCACCUUUCGUCCUCAUUUUCUUCCGUUUUACUUUGAUCGUAUCAAUUUACUGCUGUACAAAAUGUCAAUAAAAUUUUCUUGUAUUUCUA